AUGAGUAGUAAUUCAACAACAUCAGUAGAAAAUAAAUUAUCUGAUACAUUUGAAAGAAAACAAAAAGAAAUGACAGUCGAUGAAUAUGCUGAAUUAGUAGCAAAAUGGCAACAAGCUUAUUAUUCAUGGAAUAUCAAUUGUGUUACUUAUUACAAUAUGAUGAUAUUGAAUUCAUCUCAACAAUUUUUUCGACACAUACCUGUUCUUACAAGUGCUAAUUUUCUUGAGAUGAUCAAUGAAACUAAUCGUUCACCACCAUUUGAUCCUUUAGCUGAAAUACGAAACGCUCGUCUAAAAAUAGCAUCAGUGUGGCGUCGUUUUAUUGCUGAAAUAAUCGAUUUCAUUCUUUUACAUGUGUUUAAAAUUUCUAUCGUAUUUUUUCUUUCUAAUUAUUUUGAUAUAAUCGAUGAAAGUCGUCUUACAUUAACAUAUAUGAUUUCUAAUUUACUUUAUGACGAAACAUUUUCAUUUCCAAUGGAACUUAUUUGUAUUGAAUUUGGCUAUUUAAUAACAAGCAUCGCUUUUGAAAGUUUUUGUCUCACACGUUAUGGUGCUACACCAGGUAAACGUCUACUUCGUCUACGUGUUCUCAAAUGUGAUCAUCUACAAAUGCAAGAGAAUGGUGAUUUAACAAUUGAACCUUGCACCCUACUUAAUUGUGGAGCAGCAUUUACUCGUUCCAGUUUUAAAAGUCUUAUGUCAACUUUUCUUUUUCCAGCUCUUAUUAUUGCUUUAUUUACAUCACAAUAUCGACAGACAAAUUAUGAUAUAGCUGCUAAUACUGUUGUUGUUGUACUUGAACCACGGGAAUAA